AUGGCGUCACUUAUUGAGAAGACUGAGAAUGGUCGAGGUUCCUUACCAAACGAAAGCACCCCUUUAUUGCCAGCUAAGGCACAAGAUAUCCCAAGUCACGCCUCGCUUGAUCAGAAUGGAGAAUCUGAAGGGAUUUCCCACGGACAUCCCGGAAGCACCCUGGGAUCUGCCAUAUUCAACCUCUCCAAUACCAUCAUUGGUGCCGGAAUCAUGGGACUUCCAGCGACCAUAAAGGUCCUGGGAAUUCCUCUUGGUCUGACAGUGCUGGCCAUAAUGGGAGCAGUGAAUGAAUACUCACUCCAGCGGCUUCUCAGAAGCACAACUGCAGCUAAAGCGUGGUCCUUCGGCGAUCUCAUGGCUGCUACGUAUGGAAGAGUUGGAAGAUUUUUGCUCCGAACGAGCAUCUUUGUCAAUAACACAGGCAUCCUCGUCAUCUACCUUGUCAUCAUAGGGGAUGUGCUGUCUGGUUCGGACGGCGCAGAUGGAAAGCAUUACUCAGGGUUACUCGAGGAGUGGGCUGGAGGUCCCACAUGGUGGAACAGCCGUCUCACUGUGCUCCUCGCCUCCAUUGUCACUGUUAUUGGGCCUCUUUCCGCCCUUCCAGACAUAGACUCCCUCAGGUUCACAUCAGGACUGUCGGUCCUGCUAGCAGUUGCUUUUGUCAUCAUCACCAUCCUCAUUACUUUGUACAAGCUAAUUGAAGGGACGAUUGAUUGGUCUGGAGUGCACUGGCUUCCUCAGCUGAUCACAUCGCAGGACUAUUGGCACCUCCUCUCUGUCAUCCCCACCAUGGCAACGGCCUUCACAUGCCACUACAACAUGCAUCCUAUUCUGGUGGAGCUAAAGCCACCUCGAGAAGAGAAGAUGGAGAAUGCGAUACAUAAGACAUUUCUUGUUUGCACGAGUGUAUACACGGUGACAGCUCUUUUUGGUUACCUCCUUUUUGGUGAAGCAACUUAUGCUGACGUCCUUGCAAACUUCGACUCUGACCUUGGGAUUCCUGGAAGCCGCUACUUGAAUGACAUUGUGCGGCUAUUCUAUGCCCUUCACCUGAUGCUGGUUUUCCCUGUGAUUCACUUCUCGCUCCGGUCCACAGUUGGAUUCGUGCUGUUUCCACGUUCAGUACCUCUCAAGCAUGAUCCUUGUGGAUAUAUCUUCACCAUCGUUCUGUUGUUGGGGACCAUUCUGGCAGCCUCUCUUUAUGUCCCUGGGAUUCAGUCAGCAUUUGAGCUAGCAGGGUCAACAGGAGCAGCCACCAUUGCUUUCUGUCUCCCUGGGAUGGUGGAACUGAGUGAGAGAGCCGGGGGCUUGACAGCUUCAGCCACCCAAAGAGCUGCUGCAUGGUUUUUGCUGCUCCUAGGACUCGGAGUGUGUUUUUCAGGCCUCGCCGACAGCAUUCAUACAUUCCUACAGUAG